GUCCACAGGGAGCCCCAGCCCGCCGUCGCCAUGGCGUCGCGCAUCGGGCUGCGCAUGCAGCUCAUGCGGGAGCAGGCGCAGCAGGAGGAGCAGCGGGAGCGCAUGCAGCAGCAGGCCGUCAUGCAUUACAUGCAGCAGCAGCAGCAACAGCAGCAGCAGCAGCAGCAGCAGCAGCUGGGGGGGCCUCCCACCCCGGCCAUCAACACCCCUGUCCACUUCCAGUCUCCACCACCUGUGCCUGGGGAGGUGCUGAAGGUGCAGUCCUACUUGGAGAACCCCACGUCCUACCACCUGCAGCAGUCCCGGGACCAGAAGGUGAGGGAGUACCUGUCUGAGACCUACGGGAACAAGUUUGCCGCCCACAUCAGCCCGGCCCAGGGCUCCCCGAAGCCCCCGCCUGCCGCCUCCCCAGGGGUGCGGGCUGCACAUGUAGUGUCAUCCUCGGCGGGCAACAGCGCUCCCAACAGUCCCAUGGCCAUGCUGCACAUCGGCUCCAACCCCGAGAGGGAGUUUGAUGUCAUUGACAACAUCAUGCGUCUGGAUGAUGUCCUGGGCUACAUCAAUCCCGAAAUUCAGAUGCCCAACACGCUGCCCCUGUCCAGCAGCCACCUGAAUGUGUACAGCGGGGACCCCCAGGUUACAGCAUCCCUGGUGGGUGUCACCAGCAGCUCCUGCCCAGCUGACCUGACCCAGAAGCGAGAGCUCACAGACGCUGAGAGUCGUGCCCUGGCCAAGGAGAGGCAGAAGAAAGACAAUCACAACUUAAUUGAAAGGAGGCGGAGGUUCAACAUCAACGACCGCAUCAAGGAGUUGGGAAUGCUGAUCCCCAAGGCCAACGACCUGGAUGUGCGCUGGAACAAGGGCACCAUCCUCAAAGCCUCGGUCGACUAUAUCCGGAGGAUGCAGAAGGACCUGCAGAAGUCAAGGGAGCUUGAGAACCACUCCCGGCGCCUGGAGAUGACCAACAAACAGCUCUGGCUGCGCAUCCAGGAGCUGGAGAUGCAAGCUCGUGUGCACGGCCUCCCAACCACCUCCCCAUCAGGCAUGAACAUGGCCGAGCUGGCCCAGCAGGUGGUGAAGCAGGAGCUGCCCAGCGAGGAGGGCUCAGGGGAGGCCCUGAUGCUGGGGGCUGAGGUCCCUGAGCCUGAGCCGCUCCAGGCUCUGCCCCCCCAGGUCCCACCACCCCCACCGGCCCAGCCACCCCAGCCGGAGUCCCCAUUCCACCACCUGGACUUCAGCCACAACUUGAGCUUUGGGGGCAGUGGCAAUGAGGGUCCCCCAGGCUACCCUGAACCCCUGGGGCCCGAGCAUGGCUCCCCAUUCCCUGGCCUGUCCAAGAAGGAUCUGGACCUCAUGCUCCUGGACGACUCGCUGCUACCACUGGCCUCUGACCCUCUCUUCUCCACCAUGUCCCCCGAGGCCUCGAAGGCCAGCAGCCGCAGGAGCAGCUUCAGCAUGGAGGAGGGCGAUGUGCUGUGACCCCGGCUGCCCCCGUGACGGGGAACAGGGGCGAGCCUGGGGGGGCGAGCCAGGGCCACUGCCCUCCCUUCCCUUCAGGCUGCACUGGUGUGUGAAGUAGCCACUUGCCCUGCCUCACUCCUCCCUGUCAGCCCUCUGUUUGGACUUAGUGCCAGCCUGGCGACCUGCGGGGUCAGGAGAAGC